CUUCGCCAUCGAGCUCGCAUUGCGCAAUCAUUAAUCAUCCCAAGCAGUUGCAAUGGAGGUAAAAUUUCUCUCUUUAAAUUACUGGCGUGCGUACAUAUAAAGGCUUACCUAUUUCUGCAUCGCUCAGCCUCCAUUUUCCCGCACCUUUAUCUUCUACUUCAGGUUUACCCCACGUAAUUGAUACCCCAGUGUGAUAUGACCAUCUCCAUUUCCGCCACCAACGGCCAUGCAAAUGGCGUGAAGCAUCACUUGAAGCGCUCCCAGAUCCCUACAACUGGCGCCGUCAUCCCUCCUAUAUCUCUUAGCACGACAUAUAAGCAAGAUGAAGUAGGUGUACACAAGGGUUUUGAAUAUUCUCGUUCUGGCAAUCCAAACCGUGAUGCAUUAGAGCGCACCCUUGUAGGCCUGGAAGCAGGCGCAGGACACGCUAUAGCGUUCGCUUCUGGUAGUGCCACGACAGCAACUAUCUUGCAGUCUCUGGGUCCAAACGCGCACGUCCUAAGUGUGAACGAUGUCUAUGGCGGUACGUUUAGGUACAUGACGAGGGUUGCGAAGGAAACUACGGGUACCGAGACGACGUUUCUAGACCUGGAGAACGCAGCAGACGAUGAAAUACUAGGUGCUAUAAGGGAGAAUACCAAGCUUAUUUGGAUCGAAUCACCAACAAAUCCCACCCUCCGACUAAUUGAUAUUCCGCGCAUAGUAGGUCUUGCGCGCCAGGCUCCAUCAAAGCCGCUCGUGCUCGGCGCUGACAUUGUCAUUCACUCCCUAACCAAAUACAUUAAUGGCCAUUCUGAUGUCGUGAUGGGCGCUGCCAUCGUCCCCUCCUUGUCCACACCAGACAGAGACUACGACGACCUCGUCCAAAAGCUCCGCUUCCUCCAAAAUGCCCACGGCGCCGUCCCGAGUGCAUUUGACUGUUGGCUCGCCCAGCGGGGCGCCAAAACUCUCGCGGUGCGGAUGAAGGCUCACGGUCUGAAUGCACUUCGCGUCGCCUCUUUCCUGACUUCGCACCCCGCCGUCGAGCACGUCAUCUACCCCGGUCUUGCCUCGCACCCGCUACACGCCCUAGCACGCGCCUCCCUCAGCCCGCAUACACAGCAGUUCCUCAGCACCCUAUCGGCAUCGGCCCUUGCGCACGGUAUACCUUAUGGCGGGAUGGUGUCAUUCCGUCUACGUGGUGGUGCAAGAAGUGCAGAGGCCCUUCUGCCGAAAUUGAAUCUGUUCACGCUCGCUGAGAGUUUGGGUGGUGUAGAGAGUCUUGCAGAGUUACCUGCGCGGAUGACCCAUGCGAGUAUCCCGGCAGCAGAGCGCGAGGCAUUGGGUAUUGAGGGAUUGGUGCGCCUGAGCUGUGGGAUUGAGGAGGCGGAUGAUCUGGAUGAGGAUAGCGGGUGCGAGAGUGGGCUGGUGACGCCGUCUGAUGUGAGUGAUGAUGGGGUUGGUGGGGCUGAUGGUGCGAACGGGCUGCAUUGAUUGUAGAUUUUGGUAUUUAUUACCGUAAUCGUUUAUAUGCCUAUUAGUAACUAGAUGGUAUACUAUUGUGUAGGUUAACUUUUCAUUGUGCAUCAAUGUACAAGCUCCGUUGAACGUCUCGAGAACAUGCG